AUGGCUUUCUCUGUUAAAAACAAAUUGGGUUUUGUGGAUGACAACACGCUAACCAAACCUGACACCACCGACCCAACAUAUGUUGUAUGGAACCAUGUGAACAAUAUGGUUUUGUCAUGGCUACUACUUAAGUCCAUGCACUAUGACCUUGCUGCCUCUAUUCUAUAUGCUGAAUUGGCUACUGCCGUAUGGAAGGAUCUCCAUGAUCAUUUAUCCCCUUCCAACGGUCUGCGAAUCUUCUUGCUGGAAAGGACCGUUGCUACAUUGCAACAACACAAUGAUUCUAUUGCCACAUAUUACAAUGCCUUGAAGAGCUACUGGGAUGAACUCGCCACCUGCAAUCCUAUCCUUUCUUGCACUUGUGGCAAAUAUCGAACUUUUUCAACCCAUUACUAG